AGAUCGCCUGUCUGAGCAUCCAGGAGUGGACUGGAAAGUUUCUUCUUCUUCUUCAGCGCUUUAAAUAAAGUGUAAGUUUGCUUUAUUUGCUGCUUUAACUUCAGUAAUGUUGCUGUUUGUUUCUGCUCUGUGAUGUUUCUACAUGUUCACUUCUUAUUUCAGUACAAAGUUUGGAUGACUGCUGUUUAAACAUGGAUCAAUAUGAUUAUUAGGUUAUUGAUUGACUGCAAGCAGUCCAUAUUUCUAUUAGAUUAUUGAUUGAUGAGCGGCUGAUGUUUCUUUGUUUGUUCACAAUCCAAACUGUGUGGUGUCUUUUUGACUUUGGGUUUGUGGGUGAGUCUCUGCAGCUCCAUGACUCCAUCUGCUGGACUAAUAGUAGAAGUUCAGCAGCUGAUCUUUUCCAGGAGGAAUUUAGUGGAUCAAUGACGUUUGUUUCCUGUGCAGUUGAAGGUAGAAAGUGUGUGUGAGCUGCUGUGAGUUGAGCAGCAUGGAUGAGUGUGAGGACAGAGAGGAGGGAGUCUGUCCCUCUAAAAGCUCUCUGUAUGGGGAACAGGAGAACCAGAGCAAAGCUCAGAGGAAUCCACAUGGAUCUGGACCUGCAUCCAGCUGUGUGUCCUUCAAGAGCAACAAGUCUAAGGAUGAUCCUAUCUAUUUUAAAGGAGAACAGCAUCCUGCUGCAGAGGGAGUGGAGCAGCAGAACUCAGAGGUUCCCAGAGCUCAGUCUGUCCAGCAGCAUCACCUGGACUCCAUAUUCAUGCUGCUGGAGGACAAGAUGAUGACUUUUGUGAAGAAGGAGCUGAAGAAGAUGCAGAAGGUUGUGAGUCCAGAUCAACCAGAAUGCUCAGAGAGUCAGAGGGAGGAUGAGGGGGAGUUGGAGGGUGAUGAUGAAGAGCAGAGGAGCAGCAGAGAGAUGUUUCUGCAGAUCACAGUGUUGUUCCUGAGGAGGAUGAAGCAGGAGAAGCUGGCUGACUGUUUGCAGAGCAAACUUGUUGCUGCAGUUUGUGGACGUAAACUCCAAUGUGGUCUGAAGAAGAAGUUCCAGACAGUGUUUGAGGGCAUCGCUAAAGCAGGACAGCCGACCCUCCUGAAUGAGAUCUACACAGAGCUGUACAUCACAGAGGGAGGGACUGCAGAGGUCAAUCAUGAACAUGAGGUCAGACAGAUUGAAGCAGCAUUCAGGAAAGCAGACAGAGCCGAAAGAAGCAUCAGAGCGGAAGACAUCCUUAAAGGCGCACCUGGCAGAGAUGGACCAAUCAGAAGAGUGAUGACAAAGGGAGUGGCUGGCAUCGGGAAAACAGUGUUAACACAGAAGUUGACUCUGGACUGGGCUGAAGACAAAAGCAACCAGGACAUCAACUUCAUGUUUCCAUUGACUUUCAGAGAGCUGAAUGUAGUGAAAGAGAGAAAGUUUAGCUUGAUGGAACUUUUUCAUCACUUCUUCAGUGAAAUCAAAGCAGCGGGAAUCUGCAGCUUUGAAGACUUCCAGGUUGUGUUGAUCUUUGAUGGUCUGGAUGAGUGUCGCCUUCCUCUGGACUUUCACAACAAUGAGGUCUUGACUGAUGUUAGAGAGUCCACCUCAGUGGAUGUGCUGCUAACAAACCUGAUCAGGGGGAAUCUGCUUCCCUCUGCUCGUCUCUGGAUAACCACACGACCUGCAGCAGCCAAUCAGAUCCCUCCUGACUGUGUGGACAUGGUGACGGAGGUCAGAGGGUUCAGCGACCCACAGAAGGAGGAGUACUUCAGAAAGAGAUUCAGAGAUGAGGAGCAGGCCAGCAUCAUCAUUUCCCACAUGAAGAAGUCACGAAGUCUCCACAUCAUGUGUCACAUCCCAGUGUUCUGCUGGAUCACUGCUACAGUUGUGGAGGAGCUGCUGAGAAACAUAGAGGGAGGAGAUCUGCCCAGAACCCUGACUGAGAUGUUCAUCCACCACCUGGUGGUUCAGGUCAAAGUCAAGAAGGUCAAGUAUGACGCAGGAGCUGAGACAGAUCCACACUGGAGUCCAGACAGCAGGAGGAUGAUUGAGUCUCUGGGAAAACUGGCUUUUAAUCAGCUGCAGAGAGGAAACCUGAUCUUCUAUGAGUCCGACCUGACAGAGUGUGGCAUCGGUCUGGAAGCAGCCUCAGUGUACUCAGGAGUGUUCACACAGAUCUUUAAAGAGGAGAGAGGGCUGUACCAGGACAAGGUGUUCUGCUUCGUCCAUCUGAGCGUUCAUGAGUUUCUGGCUGCUCUUCAUGUCCAUCAGACCUUCAUCGACUCUGGAAUCAACUUGCUGGAUAAACAACAAACUGCCUCCAAGAAGCUGAAAGUAUUUCAGAGCAAACCUGAACUAAAACAUCUCCACCAGAGAGCUGUGGACGAGGCCUUACAGAGUCCAAACGGACACCUGGACUUGUUCCUGCGCUUCCUCCUGGGUCUGUCACUGCCGACCAAUCAAAAUCUGCUACGAGGCCUGCUGACACAGACAGGAAGUAGCUCACAGACCAAUCAGAAAACAGUCAAGUACAUCAAGAAGAAGAUCAGUGAGAAUGUGUCUGCAGAGAGAAGCAUCAAUCUGUUCCACUGUCUGAAUGAACUGAAGGAUGUUUCUCUGGUGAAGGAGAUCCAACAGUCAAUGAGAUCAGGACAUCUGUCCACAGAUGAACUGUCUCCUGCUCAGUGGUCAGCUCUGGGCUUCAUCUUGCUGUCAUCAGAAGAACAUCUGGACGUAUUUGACCUGAAGAAAUACUCUCCGUCAGAGGAGGUUCUUCUUAGGCUGCUGCCAGUGGUCAAAGCCUCCAAGAAAGUUGUAUUGAGAGACUGUAAUCUGUCAGAGAGAAGCUGUGGAGCUCUGUCCUCAGUCCUCAGCUCCCAGUCCUCCGGGGUGACAGAGCUGGACCUGAGUAACAACAACCUGCAGGAUUCAGGAGUGGAGAGUCUUUCUGCUGGACUGCAGAGUCCACACUGUAAACUGGAAGCUCUCAGGCUGUCAGGCUGUCUGGUCACACAGGAAGGCUGUACGUUUCUGACCUCAGCUCUGAGCUUCAAUCCCUCAAAUGUGAGAGAGCUGGACCUGAGCUACAACCAUCCAGGAGACUCAGGAGAGAAGAUGCUGAGGUCUAAAGUGGAGGAUCCACACUGUAGACUGGAUACUCUCAGGGUGACACCUGCUGGAGUCCAGUGGUUGACACCAGGUCUGAGGAAGUAUUCCUGUCAACUCACAGUCGACACAAACACAGUCAGCAGAGGACUCAAACUGUCUGACAACAACAGGAAGGUGACAUAUGCGGAGGAGGAUCAGUCGUAUCCUGAUCAUCCGUACAGGUUUGACUACUGGUAUCAGCUGCUGUGUCGAACUGAUCUGACUGGUCGCCAUAACUGGGAGGUGGAGUGGAGAGGAGGGGUUCAUAUAUCAGUGAGUUCCAAAGGAAUCAGAAGAAAAGGACACAAUACUGACUGUGGGUUUGGAUCUAAUGAUCAGUCCUGGAGUCUGAUCUGCUCUCAUCGUAAUGGUUACUCUGUCAAACACAAUGACAGAGAAAGAGCCAUCAGGUCCUCCUCAGUCUCUCACAGAGUUUCAGUUUAUGUGGACAUUCCUGCUGGAACUCUGUCCUUCUACAGAGUCUCCUCUGACUCUCUGAUCCACCUCCACACCUUCAACACCACAUUCACGCAACCUCUCUGUCCUGGAUUUGGGUUCAUCUGGUCCAGGUCUGGUUCGUCAGUGUUUCUGUGCUGAGUUCAGUCUCCAAAGUCUCCUCCUGUUAGAGAAACAGUGUUGAACAGAUAGUUGAGUGUCUCCAUGACUCUGUCCCUCAGAAACAUGUUUUCACAUUCAUGAAUUAUAAGUGUUUCUUUGUGAAAUCCUUCUAAAUGAUUCCACAUAAACUUGUUCCUCUUCAAAGAUGGCCCAUGGCCUGUCCAUUGGUGUGCCCUGUAUAGUUGACCUGGCUGUGUCUGACCCUUACUGUGUGUUUGUUAAUAUCAUCAUGUUUCACCAGCAGAAGGCCCCAGUGAGAAUGGUGAGGAAACGCUACCUAACUUCUGAAGUUGCUGCAAAUUUUUAUAACAAUGUCUUUGUUUUUUUUACAUGAAAAUCACUGUAAAAACUGUAUGCCAAUAUUUCUUGUCCCAGGUUUGUAGGCAAAGAAUUUGUUUACAUAUUGUGCAGGUUUUAAUAAAAGAUAAAAAAAAAAAGAAACACGCACACAAGAACAAACAACAUAAAAACAAAAACAUUACCUUGCCAGAAAUUGAUUGAGUUAAAAGUCUUUACAUAACGCCAAACAUGAAAACAAAUGGUACAUUACAUACUUACAUGCACAAAUAUAUUGUAUAGGUCUACAGCAAAAUAUUGUAGCACUGAGCAGCAAUAUGAGGCAGGAACAAAGAGAAAUCUUGCAGUUCACACACCAAGGCUUUAUUGUCAUCACCACAAUAAGCACUAAGGAAAUACACACCCACUGUGCCAGCUCGCAGGUCGAGGUCAUUCCCCCAACAACCCCCCUGAGUGACGGUACAGUGGAAAACAGUGAACCCACCAAAUGAACCCAGCAUGUGGGAUUAGGACAAUGCAAAACAACCAGUAAUAGGUAAAUAACCCCACAAAGCAACCCCAAAGAACACACAAGUUCCCAUGAUGCAUAGCGGCUCUAACACCCGGAACACAGUCACUUGCUGCAGCGACCCCUAGCGGCCCCCACGGCCACUACAAUAUUAAUUUAAAUUUAAAUAGUAUCUUCUGUCAAAUCAAAAUUUCCCAAAAAGUCUUUAAAUGAUCCCCACUUCUUUUCAAAUAUAGACAAUUUUUUUCCCCCAUCUUGACAGAAAAAUCCAGAAAUGCAGAAUUUUUUGCAAAUUAAAAAGAAAAACUGAAAUAUCACAUGGUCAUAAGUAUUCACUAGCGUGAUCUCCUCCUCUCAAAAACCCACAAUUUGAGGAGUGAAUCAGACCCCUUUGCUUUUUAAGACCUGGACAGAUGGAAUGUUCAACCCCUUCAAAGUUCACUCAAAGCACCGCGACACGCGAUGUGACGUAACGAGGCCUCGUUCUUGAUAGUCACGUGAUUGUGGGCGUACUGAAGAUCGGCCACCUGAUCUUUCAUUUUGACCAUGAAAACUUAACGGGGAAAAGAUCCUGCGCUGUAGAAAAUCAGUCGAUCAAAUUUUAUUUUUUCCAAAAAUGAAUUGGGGACUAUGGAGCAAAAGCAUUUUGGAGCCAACCCUAGUGGAUGGUGUGAUAUUGUAAGUUUUUGACACUUCCGGGUGGGCUUCAAUUUUAGAGCCAGAUGCUAUGUCCAUCUUUAUAUACAGUCUACGGAUUCACUCUAUGGAAAAGUCAUGUCGUUGAUUGACCAUUAGAUGGCAGCAGAGACUCAGGCACAAAUCUCUGUCCCUGCAACCAAUCAGUAGUCAAUAAAACUGAUGUUCUCAACCAAUCAAUAAUCUGACACUCAUCAGACUGAAUGUGUUCAUUUUGUGGUAGUUUUAUCUCAUAUUUUGAUCAUUUUAUACACUUAUGAUAGUUUAUCUCAAAUUUUGGUCAUUUAUACAUAUUUGUGGUAGGACAUGGCCAGCUACAGGAAGAAAAUGGAGGAUCAGCUGCAGAAUAACAACACAAGGCAGGGCAUAUGCAUAAAGAGGGAGCCUGAACCUGAGGGCAGAGACUGCGUCAACAAGUUAAACCUGUUUUUUUUUGUGUUAGGCUAGGCAGCUAGUUUCCUCUGAAGUGGUGUUGCCAGAUAAGGUAGAAAUCUGUUUCUUGCUUCGAUGCCCUGACAACAGUGAUGUCACAGCCCUACCUGUUCCUCAGGUGAGGUCUGCUUUUACCGUCUUUGUCUCACAGCUUCUUUUCCCCGUCUGAAUGUGAGUUAAAGACACUUUAAACUGUU